UCCACAAUACAAAAAUAGCAAACAUUUUUAGAAAGAAAACUUACUUCUCUGUGUGGUUUGUUCAUGUCUGGUCAUAGUAAUUCCAAUAACAAUGCACGAAGUGAUGGACAAGCUGGUAUACCCUCUGCCUACAGAGGAGUCCGGAAGAGAAAAUGGGGCAAAUGGGUGUCAGAAAUCCGUGAACCAGGGACCAAGAACCGUAUCUGGCUAGGGAGUUUCGAGACUCCUGAAAUGGCCGCAACCGCCUAUGACGUGGCAGCAUUCCAUUUCAGGGGACGAGAGGCUCGUCUCAACUUCCCUGAACUCGCCAGCAGCCUGCCACGCCCUGUAGACUCUAGCUCAGACAGCGUUCGCAUGGCAGCUCAUGAGGCAGCACUCUGCCUCAGAACCGAACCAGUGGAGUCAGCCAUGCAAGUGGACACCUCAAGCUCCUCCAAUGCAGGUCCAACGAUGGUCAGACUCUCCCCCAGAGAAAUUCAAGCGAUCAACGAGUCAACUCUGGGAUCUCCUACCAUGAUGAUGCAUUCAACAUAUGAUUCAAUGGGGUUUGGCUAUGAUACGGGGAUGAAUGUGUGGGACACAUACCUAACUGACUCUCUUUGGGACCCUUAA